GCUCUCUGUGAGAAGCCACUGCAGUUGUACUCCUUGUAGUCUUACCGCGGUAACAGCAGUCGACCUAGCCAGUAUUAUCAGCUAUAUUCCCGAACGCCGGUCUCCAGCCGCUCUUUGUACACAGCAUCUAUCUAACGUAUAUCAUGCAGCAGUCGGCACUAUGGUCUGUUACCCUGCUUGUGACCUUUAUCUGCUCCCUUCCGGUCCGCGCCGAUACGGUCAACGGUGUUAAUGCGGACGAUAUGAGCGAGUCGCAGAAGCAGGCGGCACUGCAGUGGCUCCUUCGUAGAGUCAGCAAACGUGGCACUAUUCUGAAUAAGUGCGAGAAACAUUCGGCCUGUGCCCUGCUGCAGACGAAUCCCGCAUCCGCUUCGUACUGGAUUGAUGAGAUUUGCUAUUGUGGCGAUGGUGCCAAGUGCAAUCUGGAAUGGAGCGACGGGGCAGACGGAAAAGCCGUUAAUAAUGGUGACACACAGCUUAAGCUUUGCCAGCCCGUAACAACCAUGCCCAAAUGCUCUCGCGAGCAGACCGCUGUGACAACCGCCAUGGAGACCAGCGUCCAGAACCCGGCCAUCAAACAGAGCGCCUCUGUGUUUUGCAACUGUCCACGCAUCAACCAUGAAUACAAACUGAUCGAUGCCGGCAUGGUGGACGAAGGCGACCGUACAGUCGUUACGGCCCAUUUCGGAUGCGCCUCGGUAGAGCACUGCCGAGCCGGUCAACCUUGCAAGUUUCUAGCCGUUCUACCAACGGGCGAUUCCUUGAUACAUCAAAGCUGCGAAUGUCCAAAGGGCAGCUCCUGUCCCACGGAUAUGAACCCUGAUGGAUCCAGUACGCCGGCCACAUUGGAUGAAAUCACCUAUUACCCUUUCGCAUGCCGAUCCGACAUAAAAAUGAACCCUUGAGAUUUAUUUUUUUUCUCCUGGAAGCAACCUACCAUUCUUUAUUUAAUUUAUUGUUGCAAAUAUAGUAACUGUAAAGCGGCUGUAGUUAUUUUUGGCUAGUCUGGUUUUGUACAUUACAUCCUUAAAACGAACCGCACGCUAAAAACUAGCGAUUUAUGUAGCAAAAAUUGUUGACAAUAAAUACUGGGAAGUCGGACAACGUUAUAUAGUUCCGUCGGAAUCAUU